UAUGUUGUUCAUAGAAACAAACCAGCUAGCUUGAUUAAGUGGAAGACAGCAAAAUUAAGCUCAAGUGUUAGAGAGAGUUCAAACAAACACACACCAAUGGAGAUUGAGGAAGUUAGCAGCUGCGAGGCAUUGCCCCUUCUGUCCUUGAAUCAUAUUUCUUUGUUGUGCAGAUCUGUUUGGACUUCUAUGCGCUUUUAUGAAGAAGUUUUGGGUUUUGUUCUUAUCAAACGCCCCUCUUCUUUCAAAUUCAACGGAGCCUGGUUAUACAAUUAUGGCAUCGGCAUACAUUUGAUUGAAAAUCCAGCUAUCGAUGAAUUGGACCCCAUUGUAAAACCUCAUCCAAUCAACCCCAAGGAUAAUCACAUUUCGUUUCAGUGCACAGAUGUUGGGCUUGCAAAGAGAAGGCUACAAGAAAUGGGAAUGAGGUAUGUGACUCAAGUGGUAGAAGAUGAUGGGAAUAGAGUGGAGCAAAUAUUUUUUCAUGACCCAGAUGGUUACAUGAUUGAAAUCUGCAAUUGUGAAAAUAUCCCAAUUCUUCCACUUUCUUCUUGUUCUUUCAAUUUCAACCCUAGAAGUAUGGGAAGCUUCAAAAGGACAGUACCCAACAAAUGUGGCUUCAUGGAGAAUGUCUUGAUGGAGAGCUUGAGCAUGGACAUGUUUGACAUUUUAUUUUAAUCAGUUCAAAGAUUGGGGAAGUUUUCAAUUCUCUUUGCUUCAAAAAAAUUUCAGAUUCCCUAUUUUACAAGGUAUUUUUUUAAUAUGUAUUUGUUAAUUGGGUCAUUAUAUAUGUUUGAUAAUAAGAUUGUGAGAAAGAGUGAAUUAGCAUUA